UUUCGAACAGAUACAGUCAUGAAUAAUUUGCGGUAGAAAUGUGAACCGUAUUCCGAAAUAUGAAUUCAUUCUUAUGAAUUCGUAUUUUAGAUUGUUUGUUUUUUGUCAAUAAUCUAUGUCGAUCAAGUAAAAAUGCAUUUUAUAUCGUAGUUCAUUUUGGCGUUUAUUUUGUUUAAAUUUCGUGGUGUUUUGCACAAACGACUCCCAACAUUAAAAGAUAUUUAAAUAAUAAACAAUUUCUAUCUAAACAUCGGUUCGUUCAAUCUCAUUAAAUUGGUAAAAAGAGACAACAAUGGAUUUGGACAAUCCAACAAUUUAUGGCUUGGAAACUCAGGCACGAACGAUGGCACCACAACUAGCUGAAAACAGUGAAAUUCGUUUUUUUGUGGCCACACAAACAUUAAAACCUCAAAAUCAGAUUCAUUUAGUAGAAUUCAAUGAAAGCUCCUUGGCUUUGAAGCAACGAAUUUUUACACAUUCGGCGGGUGAAAUUUGGAAAAUCAACAGCAGUCCGCACGAUCCAAGGGAACUUGUAACAUGCUUCAGUACAUUGAAGAACUCUCAGGUUGUUACACAAACGGCUAUUUAUCGACUCCCCGAUCUUACAUCGGAUGUAGAAAGCAAAGAAUUUCUACAAUUUGAAUCCAGGGAAAUUUUGGAUACCGAAGCUUAUGGGAUCGAUAUUAAAACAACAGAGUUCCAUUCGACAGAUAGCAAUUUAUUAGCCACAGUAGUUGAUGAUAAAAUUUUGCUUCAUGAACGUACGCCAGCGAAAACUAGGCUAAUUGCCGAGAUUAAUGCCAAAAAUGCGCCAAAACUGACAACAGGUAAAUGGUCACAAACACAUUUGGGCAAUCAAUUUAUUGCACUCAUCGAUUGUGACGUUCGCUCGUAUGAUAUCCGUGAUCCAAAUCAUUGCGCCUGGUCUAUCGAAGAAGCUCAUAGUCAAAUGAUUCGAGAUUUGGAUUGUAAUCCGCAUAAGCAUUGUCAUUUUGUGACCGGUGGUGAUGAUGGCGUUAUCAAAAUUUGGGAUAAUCGACACACAAAAGAGCCAGUCUUCGUUCGUAACGAUCAUCAACAUUGGGUUUGGAGUGUUCGAUUUAACUUUUUCCACGAUCAACUUGUUCUAUCCAGCAGCAGUGAUUGCAAAGUAAUACUUACAUGUGCGGCUAGCGUUAGCUCAGAAGCAUCAAAUGAACAUUCCGAUAAAGAAAACUCAGAAAUUAUAUUUAAUAGGAUUCCAGAUGGAUUACUUAAGACAUACGAUCAACAUGAAGAUUCGGUUUACUGCGCGGAAUGGAGUAACGUUGAUCCAUGGUUGUUCGCUUCGCUCAGCUAUGAUGGUCGAAUGUGUAUUAAUCGAGUACCAAAAGAAUACAAGCUCAAACUCUUAAUGCACAGCAACUAUAGCUGAAUAAUUUUUCUUACCACAAAUCGGUAUAAUCUCGAAAUUAAAAUUAAUGCAAAAAAAAACAUUUGAAUAUAUUCAUAUAUUCACAUAAAA